UUCCUUGGGGGGGAAACCGCGCGGCCCUCGUUGCUAUAGCGACCGGUCCCGGGAACUGGGAAGAUGGCGGCCGAGGGCGAGGCAGCGAGGCAAGAAGCGGCGCUGGCGGUGGAGGCGGUGGAGGCGACGGGGCCUUCCUUGCAGCGCUGCUUGGCCCGGUUCAGGGCGCUGAGGCUCGGGCCGGACGCCAGCCAAGCCCCGGGAGGCGAGUGCGGGCGUCGCACCGAGCUUCACUUGCUUUUCGACCAGCUCAUUUCCGAGACCAGCGGCCCGGCGGGGCUGGCGCUGGGAGAACCCCGGCCGGAGGAUGUUUGUGAACUACUGGUUGAAGCUUGUAAACUAGUUCAGCUUCAUCAAGAACACCUUGUCAACAAAGUUUGCCAGCUGAUUCAUCAAAUGCUGAACAGAUUCCAGGUUACAGUUGACGAGGACAGCCUGAGCUACCUCCUGCCGUAUUUUAUCUCUGCUCUGAAGCAAUGCAGUGCUUGGACCCAUGUGGAAAUCUUGCAGGCUCUGGCCGCUUCUGUCUAUAACAGUGGGCCCAAGUGCCAAAAGUAUCUUCCAGAUUUGAUAGGCAAACAUGGACUUCUGGUGCAACUCAGCAGCCCUGCUCAAACUGAUACGGAGCUCAAAAGGGCUGCAGUCCACAGCAUGGCGAACCUGUGCCUAAGCAUACCUGGCCAACCGUACCUAGAGGAACCUUACAGAGAGAUUUGCUUCCAAGCUUUUCUCCGAGUGUUGCAGUCUUCGAAAGGAUCUGAAGUGGAGGACAUCACCUUAUGCAUGUUGUUACAGAGUGCCUUAAAAGGAAUCCAGUCCCUUCUAAAUGGUGGGAAGAUGAAGCUAGCCCAGACCGAUCAGCUUGGUUCCCUUCUUGCUGUGUUAAAGAAAUACAUGUUUCAUGGGCUUCCUGGUCUGAACAUAGACAUGCCGGCCAUCUUAUACCCAGCCGUUCUUCCCCAGUAUGACAGCAGGUCUCCAGUCCAACAGGAGAAGUCAGAACUGACCACCAUGAAGCCAACUGGGAGCAGGAGGAAAAAGCCCAAGGCCAAGCAGAAGAAGGGGAAGGUGGAAGAAGAAGAAGAGGGCGCCCAGGGAGGUAGAACAGAGAAAACCAAGUUCUGUGCAGAUGUGGAACAGUAUCCUGGUCUAGAUGCUUUGAAUCGGCUUUCGGGGGGCCCCCCUGCGUUCCACACGAAGGACCCAUUGCCUUUGCGCGCUCUCAGCUGGAAACGAUUCAGCAGCAGUGACUCGGAGUAUUCGGACGCUGAUGGCGGAAUACAGAGCAAAAUAAGGUCUUUCCAGGCAAAAGUUCGGCAGGGGGCUUUAACCUGCUUCCUUUCCACUGUGAAGUCGAUAGAAAAGAAAAUCCUGUAUGGCUACUGGUCAGCAUUUGUCCCUGAUGCGCCCGGAAUAGGAAGCCCACAGUCUGUGUCCUUGAUAACGAUUGCUUUGAAAGAUCCGUCUCCAAAGACACGGGCCGUCGCCCUCCAGGUUCUCUCAUCCAUCUUGGAAGGCUCCAAGCAGUUCCUUUCCAUUGCCGAGGACGCAGAUGAUCACAAGAGAGCAUUCACACCGUUCUCUGCCACCCUUGCUUCCAGCAUCCAGGAGCUUCAUCGCUGUCUGCUGUUGGCCCUGGUAGCUGAAUCCUCUUCCCAGACUCUCACUCAGAUCAUCAAGAGCCUUGCUAACCUGGUCUUGAAUGCGCCAUACAGCCGCCUGAAGCCGGGACUGCUGACCAGAGUCUGGAACCAGAUAAAGCCGUACAUUCGACACAGAGAUGUUAACGUUCGGGUGUCGAGCCUCACCCUGCUAGGGGCAAUCGUUUCGGCGCAGGCUCCCUUGCCGGAGGUCCGCCUCCUCUUGCAGCAGCCCGCCUCCUCUGCAGGCCUCGGCAACAGCGGAUCUGGCACGCCGCCCGGCCCCAGCGUCCCUGAGUGGCGUCGAGAGGCCGCUGGGGCUUCCCAGGCCGGGGCAAGUGUGCCUGUGGAGUGUUGCUGGCUCCACUCCCUCUGCAUCUCUCUGGUGAUGCUGCCCCGAGAAGACGGCUGCUCAGACAGCGAUGCCGGCUAUCCGACGCCCGUGAGCUCCUACGAACCGUCCCCAGUUCGGCUGGAGGCGUUGCAGGUCUUAGUGCUCCUCGUCAAGGGCUAUUUCUCAGUCUCUCAGAGCUAUUUACUCGAGCUUGGCCAGGUGGCCUGUAAAUGCAUGGAGGAAACAGACCCCUCGAUCCAGCUUCACGGAGCAAAACUUCUGGACGAGCUCGGGGUGGGUAUAAUUCAGCAACACAAGCCCGAUCUGGCUGUUGCUCCCGACCAACGGGUGCCUCUUGACCUGGUCGUAACAUUCUGGACCCGGAUGCUGAACGGACCAUUACCAGCCGCUCUCCAGAACUCUCAGCAUCCCACGCUUCAAACCAGCACAUGCAACGCGCUCUCUUCGAUCUUACCGGACGCAUUCAGCAGCCUUCCAGAGGACAAGCAGAUCCUCUGCAUUACCAUCCUCCUGGGGCUCAACCACAGCGAGAACCCGCUGGUGAAAGCGGCAGCCGCCCGGGCGCUGGGGGUUUAUGUGGUCUUCCCGUGUCUUCUACAGGAUGUGAUGUUUGUCGCGGACACAGCCAACGCGAUCCUGCACUCUCUCGGCGACUGCUCUCCGAAUGUCCGUGCCAAAGCCGCGUGGUCGCUGGGCAACCUGACAGACACCCUGAUCAUCAACAUGGAGCUAAUGGGGCAGAGCUUCCAGGACGAGUUUUCAGAUCUCCUGCUGCUGAAAAUGUUAUGCUCAGCAACAGAGGCAUCGAAGGACAAAGAUAAGGUGAAAAGCAAUGCCGUCCGGGCCCUGGGAAACCUCCUUCAUUUCCUCCAGUCGUCCCACAUCACUAACCCAAGGUUCAACCAGCCCAUUGAGGACGCUAUCCUGGCUCUGACAUCCGCAGUGCAGAGUGAGGCCACCAUGAAAGUGCGCUGGAAUGCUUGCUACGCCCUCGGGAACGUCUUCAAAAACCCUGCCUUGCCACUGGGCGAAGCCCCCUGGACCGCCCGAGGCUACGGCGCCCUCAUCUCCGUGGUCCAGUCCUGCAAAAAUUUCAAAGUCCGCAUCAAGUCGGCCGCGGCCCUCUCCGUUCCGGCGAAAAGGAAGCAUUAUGGGACGCCCCAGCAGUUCUCCGAGAUCUGGAAUGCCCUGGUGGUGGCUCUGCAGCGGAGCGAGGAGGCCGAGGACUUCCUGGAGUUCAAGUACAGCGCCAGCCUCCGGACGCAGCUCUGUCGCGCCCUCCUGCAUCUGCUGAGCCUGGCUGAGGAGGCGGACCUGCCUGCCAUCCGGAGGUCGGUGGCCGAGCACGGAGAACUCGUGGCCUCCUAUCUGUUGCAAUACAUGAGGUCAGGGGGAGAGGAAGAGGAGGCGGGACCGGGCGAGCCCUCUCCCGAACGAGGCAGAGUCCUGGAAGGAGCCAUAGAGCACAUUCGAGCGAUUGAGGAAAUGCCCCGAGGUUGCCCGGCGAAAAAGGGGGCUGCUGCUUAUCUCGAGGACAUCUUGAAAACUCACCACAGCUCCAUGGGGCUCACGGAAGGUUGAGGAAUGUGGCGGCCGCCUUAGAACAUCCUGUUUUACACUAGAUCAUGCAAAAGGACCUGCCCGAGGGAGGGCUGACACACAAGGCACAACAAGGAAGAUUUGGGCAGGAACGAAA